AUGACGCCUGACCAACGAUUCUCUGGGCUAGAUGACUUUUGGCUCUUGGGGAUGAUAGGUGACGUUCCUGUCCACUACCACAAGGGACUUAAACCGGGCAGAAGACUUUCCAGGUUCCACAGAGCUCUACGUUUAGUCUUUCCUGGUUUUCCGGUCCCCGGGCGGCAGGCGGAGAGCGCGUGCGCGGGUCGUUCCCAUCCUUUGCUCCUGGCGUCCCGAUUGUCCGGACCUGGUUGUCUGUAGCACGUGGAAAGCCUCAGGGUGUGAACUUCGCGGGAGGAGUCACCCCCUCGAGAUCGGAGCAGAGAGCAGAGCUACCGAGACCCUGCAAGAUGUGCCUCCGAGGAUCGCGCGCUGUACACGGCGGCCCAAGUGGCUACCGAACCCGGAGAGCUUCGCGCUUCCUCUUGCUCCCUUUCCAGAGAAGUACUCUUUCUGGGGAGCUUAUUAAAAGCUCAGACGGGAAAAGGAGAAUUACAAUUAAAAAAAUUAUUUCGACUCUGCAACGUCGGACACUUUAAUAGUAACUAGGGAGCAGUUGCGUUCAGGGAGAUCAAGGGCAAGUUUCAUGGCCAGAUCCUGACGUGUUCCGGUAAGAGUUUUCAGCAGAGGCCACCUUUGGAGGACUUUGUAUUAUUGAUGGAAGAGGGCCUACCUAUCAUACAGGGUAUUGAACUUUUGGAUGAGGCUUGUGUCUGCGAGCUGCUCUCAUGGGAACAGAUAAGUGAGGUGAAGUGGAACGCAAAAGUCAGAGUAAACAUCAACACAGAUUUACAGUUACAUUCUCAAAAGGAAAUUGGAGUUGGAAAUGAAGUGUUUCACGAGGAGAAUCAUGAAGAGUCACAUUCUGAUUUUCCACACGGACCACAUCCCUAUGUUGCUAGACUUGUUCACUGGUAAAGUGGCCACAUAUGUCAGUACUGUUUCCAGAAUAUAUUAAUUAGAUGUUUCAGUGUUAUGACCUUAAUUGGUUUCUCUUUUAUACUAGCUCUUUUGUCUUCUCGUUUAACCUUUUAAGCUGGUGAGGAAGUUCAGACCACAACUGAACUGGUACCUGAGAUGACAGCACUGAAUUUGAAGACAAAGAAGUAUCAAAUUAGAACUGUAUAUUAUCAGUCACAACUUCAGAAAGUAUUUUUACCUUAUUUUGGUAUGUUUAGUUAUUACUAUAAUUUGUAUGACUUUUACAAAUGUUUGAAAAAUAACAGAAGCUAAAGACCAUUGUACAACUGGGUAACCGUCCCAUUUGACACUUUCUUGCAUUUGGUUUGCCAUUCUGUAGCUGUGACUCCAGCGUGCUUUAGUUGAGCCUUGUCAUUCUUCACUCUCUGCAAACCAUUCCAUUGAUUUUUUUUUCUUCACAAAAUUAGUUUCAUUUUCUUUGUUUGAUUGAUGGUCAUUGGCUACUGAAAUAAAAUAUGCAUUUUAA